AUGAGUGGCACCAAAGAAAAUCCUUUCAAGCAUGCCAGGCGAAAAACUGAGUUCGGUGUUCCGCGUCAGUUGAAUAAUAAGGCGACAACUCAGAAACGUAAAGCUUUAUGUGCAAGAGACAAACCAACUACUGUUGCUAGUGUUUCAUUAACCAUAAAUGAUUCAAUAGCCUCAGCAAUUCAUUCAAACAGUCUGCAACAAACACUCGGCAUUUCAAAAGGAAACACUUCAGAUAAACAAAAGAAUUCACGUGCAUUUUCAGUAAAAUCAGAAGGAUUAAAUAGUAGUAGUGCCUCCACCAGGUGCUAUAAUGAUGAUAUAUCAUUGGCUGUAUACUCCCUGUGGUUGUUAUAUCAGCGUUGUACAUCAAGUUACAUUGUAAACAAAAUACAAUCUGAUUAUACAAAAAUUGCAAUAAUGUCCAGCGAAAUAAAACGUUUGUGUGAGAGGAUAACUCGUUUGCAUAAAGCAAAAUCAAAUUGGCAGAAUUGGUACGAGUCAGUGACAAAUUUACACAGUGAGGUGAAAUAUUUUGUUCUAUUUUGUGUUUGA